UCAUACAAGGUGCAGUGAUAACAAAACUCGAUCCAACAUGGCUACUGGUGCGUGCCUCUAUCUCCAGGGUUUUACAGGUGGGGGGAAGCUAUAGAGAUUCCCUCAGACCCUAGAGACGUCACCGAGAAGAUGGCGAGAUUUCUGACUUUGUCAAUCCUCUUUCUGUUUCCUGUGGUUUUGGAUUCAAAGCUUACCUACAUAGCUAUUCGUCUCCCCCUUCAGGGAAACAGAGCAGCUCCCGGCGCUCCUUGGCCUUUACCUAAAACAUGGAUGAACAGCACCGAAAGAUUUAUUUUCCAUCCGACAAAAUUUCAGUUUAUUUCUUCCAUGAAGUCAUGUGACAUCUUAUCAUCGGCCUUUGAGCGAUAUCAAACCAUAUUCAAUUUGGAGAAAGAUUCCAAUGCACAAGGGCCAGAAAAGCUUGUGACGUCAUUGAAUAUUGUUGUCAAAGAAUCGUCCUGUCCAGGGUACCCCAGUCAAAACAUGGACGAAUCGUAUAAUUUAACAAUUUCUACGAAUCCUCAACUCACAUCUGAAACAGCAUGGGGUGCUCUUAGAGGCUUAGAAACAUUCAGUCAGCUAAUAUACAAGGAGGUGGCAAAAAAUACGCUCUUCAUCAACAAGACGACUAUAAUGGACGAGCCUCGUUUUAGUUAUCGCGGCAUCAUGCUGGACACCGCCAGACAUUACAUUCCUAUUCCUAUUCUGCUAAAACAUCUUGACGCCAUGGCUUACAACAAGUUCAAUGUGUUUCACUGGCACAUUGUGGAUGACCAGUCAUUUCCAUAUGAAAGUAUUUCAUUUCCAAGCUUAUCAGAAAAGGGUGCGUGCGACUUAAAGCUCAUCUAUACACAGGAAGACAUAAGACACGUGAUUGAGUAUGCGCGACUACGGGGAAUUAGAGUCAUUCCGGAGUUUGACACACCUGGACAUACACAGUCAUGGGGAAAAGCAUUCAGAUAUCUCUUGACGCCAUGUUGGGUUGAUGGAAAAGAAGGUGUUGCUAAACCAAACUUCCACGGGGCAUACGAAAUGUUUGAUCCAUCCAGAGACUCCACAUUUGACUUCCUGGAGAAGUUUAUCAGUGAAAUUGUCCGAGUUUUUCCUGACCAGUACUUACAUCUCGGAAUGGACGAGUCUUACCCUGCUUGUUGGAAGUCGAGCCCAAACAUCACCGCCUUCAUGAAGGAGAAUAAUAUUACGUCAUAUGUCCAGCUGAUGCAGUAUUAUGUGACAAAAGUCCUGGAUAUUGUAGAAAAUACCAACAAAAGCUACGUCAUCUGGCAGGACCCAAUAGAAGAGGGAGCCCGGGCUAAAGAAGACACAAUAGUGGAGGUAUGGAGAGGGAAUACAACUGUUCCCUGGCAGAGUUAUAUGAGUAUGGUAGCCAGUAAGGGUUAUAAAACCAUCCUUUCCUCCUGCUGGUAUCUUAACUACAUCAGCUACGGCCAGGACUGGAAAAAGUACUACGAGUGUGAACCGUACAACUUCACGGGUACGGCGGACCAAUACAGGAAGGUGAUUGGAGGAGAAGCUUGUUUGUGGGCGGAGUAUGUUGAUGGCACCAAUCUCCUCUCAAGAGUCUGGCCAAGAGCGUCCGCUGUAGCCGAGCGACUUUGGAGCCCACGUUACGUCACCGAUGUAGAGAGUGCAAAGUUCAGACUGGACCAACAACGAUGUAGGAUGUUGAGGCGAGGUAUUCCGGCCCAGCCGAUACUGGACGGUUACUGUGGAGAUUAUGAGUUUGGUUUUCCGGGCAGUAACGGAAUAUAUGAGCCGUCAGAGACGGAACAAAGAAUACCGACGUCAUCACAUUCAGCCGCGACGGCUCUCUCCUCAUUAUUAUUUAUCACUUAUUUAUGUACAUUGACAGUGCUUACACUAUGAAAGAGUUACAGUACAGUACAUUACAGUACAGAAUUAACAACCUCUAACUAUUUAUACACCCACACCCUCAUCUCGGUCAAUUCAAUAAACGUAUACUCAGUAUCCACCAUACACAGCAUUUUCAGCUGGUAUUCUAAGAAGUAUUGAAUUCAUCAGUUGGUUAUGCGAACAAAAUACAUAUGUAGUCUUCCAGUCUCUUUUCUAGCCUGAUUUUCCGAUUUUUAAAUUGACUUCUAAAGAAAUAUGUGAUAUCCUUAGUCUUAUAUUUACAUCUAAAAAUCACAUGUGUAUAUCAGAUAUAUGACUUCGAUCAUUCAAACAUAGAAUGAUAGAUUUCAAUAUAUUCAUAGCAUGUUCUUUAUCAUUUUUCGAAUUUUUCGCUUAUUUAAAGUCUGUAUAUUUAUGUCCGAACUGUAAGUUAUAAAGUGAUAUGCUUUUCUUAUAUUCAAUUUGCAUAAAUUAAAGAUUUU